GACGUCUUCGCCAUGAAAGUCAUCCGCAAAUCGGAAAUGCUGCGCGCCUGUCAAGAAGGUCACCUCCGCGCUGAGCGGGACUUUCUCGUCGCUUCUGAGGGAUCCCGGUGGGUGGUGCCGCUCAUCGCCAGUUUUCAGGACAAUACGAAUCUCUACCUCGUGAUGGAGUAUAUGAUUGGCGGGGACUUUUUGGGACUGCUGCUCCGUGAGGAUGUGCUGGAAGAAGGCUGGAUUCAUCGAGACAUCAAGCCGGACAAUUUUUUGAUCAGCGCUUCCGGGCAUUUGAAGAUCUCCGAUUUUGGACUUGCGUUCAAUGGGCAUUGGGCGCAUUCGCAAUCUUACUAUAAUUCUCAACGCGAGACUCUGCUCGACAAACUUGGGAUCAAGAUUCGAGGGGACGAUCAAGAUAUUCUCGACGACCUGGAAGCCUCCACCGCCGACCCCCGCCGUCCCACCCCGAAGCCCUCCCGCAACAAACUCGAUCCCGCCGAUGAAGCAGCGAGGGAAGGCCUCCUCCCUCACCGCAAUCGCACUGAACGCCGCAAACUCGCCCGCUCCAUCGUCGGCACGUCGCAAUACAUGGCGCCUGAAGUCAUUCUCGGCCAACCCUACGAUGGGCGCUGCGACUGGUGGAGUGUGGGCAUCAUUCUGUACGAGUGUCUUUACGGUCGGACGCCGUUUUACUGUGAGAAUCGACAGCGGACGAAAGAGAGUAUCGUACGGUGGAGAGAGACGUUGAAGUUUCCUGAGGGCGUGGAACGCUGGAGUCGACCAGGGAGUGAAGAGGGGAGGAGGAAAUUGGAAGCUCCGACUGCGGUGGUGGUGGAUUUAUUGAGGGGUUUAUUGUGCGAUAAAGAGGGGAGACUGAGUUCGAGGCAGUAUCGACAGGAAGGACGAUUGGGACGACGGAUGAGUGCCGCGGCGAUUGGCGGGAGGGAUGGUAUGGGGAGUGGAGGAGCGAGUCCGUUGGCGAGACAUGUCUAUGCGAACGGCGCGGAGGAAAUCAAGAGCCAUCCGUUCUUCGCGGGGAUUCCUUGGAGUCAGGUGCAUUUGCUUCCGCCGCCGUUUGUGCCGAGGGUGAGGGAACGGCAGAGUAUUACGAAGUAUUUUGAGGAGGAGAAGGAUAUUGUUAGUGAUUUGGGGGAGGAGGGGGAUGGGGGGAGUGAGACGGGGGAAGGGAGUGAGGGGAGUGGGAUUGAGGAAGGGGUGAUGUUUGAGAGGAAGGUCGAGGUGGCGGAGAUGAGGGCCGAGAGGGGGGUGGAUGCGGAGAAGGUGCUGGCGAGGUGUGUGGUGGAGAUGAAUGCGGGUGGUGGGAAGGGUGGAAAGGAGAAGAAGAGGGCGAGGGAUCGGGUUUUGAGGGAUGGGGGGUUGGGGAGGAAGGUUUUGGAGUUGAGGAAAUUGGGGGCGUUUUGGGGGUAUACUUAUCGGAGGCCGAAGGGGGUUGUGAUU